AUGUUUCAAGCAUUACGAUCUGCAAAGCUCAGCUUUGGUCGUAAUUAUCUAUUCAGCAAUACCAGCCUUCUAUCAUUAAGGUGCAAGAAUGUGCCACAAGUCAAGAGUGCUCUGUUUCACAGCAAUGUGCAAAUUUUGCAAUCAUCGAUGAAUCCAUGGCAACGGAAUUUUCUCAAACAGUUUAUGAAUCAACAAGUUAAACAAUCGCCACUAAGUAGAAGUCCAACAUGGAAAAGCUACAAUCUGUACUACAAUAGAUCCAACUGGGACAAGUUGAAGAAACCGCUUUUGUUUACCGUGGCGUUUUGCGUGGGUACUACGGUUUUAACUCCUUAUUUAUACUCCCAUACAUCGUUGUCAGUAUUGAAGCAAUACCCGCAAGCUUUAGUCUGGGGAAUAAUUGCUGUAAAUGGGGCUGUGUUUUUGAUGUGGAGAGUGCCCCAAUUUCAACGAUUCACGAUGCGGUAUGCCAUACUACUCAAGGACAACAUUCAAUCACCCUGGACAUUGUUGUGGUCUGCAUUUUCACAUCAAAGUUUUGCCCACUUUUUCAUCAAUAUGUUGUGUUUCCAAUCAUUUGCGGUGUCGUUGGUUGGGAUACUAGGUGUGUCAAAUUUCACCAUUAUGUAUUUGAACGCUGCCGUGCUUUCUUCAUUUGCGUCCCUCGCAAUUCCAAUGUUUUUGGGUAGCUCAUUAGCUGUUGCAUCACUUGGAGCAUCGGGUGCUAUCUUUGGAGUGUUUGGAUGUUUUUCAUAUUUGUUCCCAGCCUCGCCUGUGGGAAUAUUCUUUAUCCCCGUGCCUGGUGGAGCAUGGGUGUUGUUUUUAGGUACUAUGCUUUGGAACGCUGCAGGGUGUGUCUUGAGGUGGGGGACCUUUGACUAUGCUGCUCAUUUAGGAGGCAGUUUGGUGGGUAUUGCUUAUGGGUAUUACUACAGCAGAAAGAGGAGAGAGCAGAUACGAAGAAGACGAUUGGUAUUAGAUUUUUAG